AUGGAAACCUAUGUGUCAUGUCCGAUUUGGGGUACCGUAGGUAUGGCCCCUGGGAAACAAGAGGAGCAUGGCAUUCGUUUCCUUGUGGUUACCAUCCCCUCGCUCGAUGAGCCCUCGGCCUACUACCGGUUCCGCUAUCCAAAUCGUUCUCCGCACUCGACU